GUCUAUACCUCGGAGACAGCGCUUUUGAUCUGAUAAGAUUGAUUUUAUAGAGAGGCAGCCAGAGGAUAACCCGUAUAUAAGCCCAGUUCCCUUAUGAUCUCCAACCCAUCAGAUACCAACCUCACCAUCCAGCCAUUCUCAAAAAUCCUCAUCUACACCAACAAUGACCACCCAAUCCUUCCCAACCAUCUGGCACGGCGUACGUCCAUCCCACUCCCACCCCCUUUACCCAUAACUAACUCCCAAAGGACGGCCGCGAACAAGCCCUCCAAACCCACCUCCUCCAGCACCCCGCCGCCGCCCACCUCCGCAACAACCCCACCGCCAUCCUCACGGAAAUCGACAACUGGGCCACCGCCCACAACCACUGCAUGAUGACCAUCGGCCCCGAACGCAGUCAGCCCAUCGUCGACCUCAUCCACUCCUCCUCCCCGCGCACGAUAGUCGAACUAGGCGGCUACAUCGGCUACUCGGCCAUCCAGUUCGCCGACGAGCUGCGCCGCACCACCACCCCCGGCACCGCAGCACGGUACUACAGUCUCGAGAGCAACGCCGCGUACGCGGCGGUAGCGCAAUCGCUGAUCGAGUUUGCCGGGCUGGGCGAUCGGGUGCGGGUGCUUGUGGGCGAGGCGAAGGAGUCGUUGGCCCGGGUGGCGCGGGAACUUGGGGGCAACACAGCGGUGGAUCUGCUAUUUGUCGAUCACUGGGGGGAGUUGUAUCUUCCGGAUUUGCUGGCCGCCGAAAAGCUGGGGUUGUUGAGGGAGGGUGCGCUGGUCGUGGCGGAUAAUGUGGGGAUGGAGGGGGCGGGGGCGUAUGCGAGGUGGAUGGAGCACGGGGUGCAUGAGGUCGAGGGGCGGGUGGUGCGGUAUGAGAGUCGGACGUUGCCUUAUACUUUGGUUAAUGGGCAGGAGGUUUGUUUCUCCUUGGUUUCUUGUCUUGGGGUUGAGGUUGAGGGUGCGGUGUUGCUGACUUGAUUUGUUUCUAGGAUGCUGUGAUGAUUAGUAGGAAGGUUUGAGGGGUGAAGAGUGUUUGGACUAGCGUUGGUGAUGGCUGGGUGUGGUGAGUCCGACUGGGACAUAUAUUCCUUUCCCGGGCGGUUGUACUUUCCCUGCAUGAUGAAGACGGCUUUCGAUCACGCUGUUUCAGCUACUCUUUGACGACAUCUGGUGCUAUAUCGUUGUUCUUUUGUGGUAUUAUUCUCUGGCGAUAUCGUCUCUGUUGCACCAGGCGAU